UAAUUCCCACGCCGCUCUGUGACUCUGUAAAUGAUUCAUGUUUGCUACGCGCGGCCUGUUCUGCGAUCAACAGGGAAACUAUAAGAGCUCUGAGUCUGAGCCCCCAGGUACUUGUUAGUUGGCAUUUCAGGGUGAAACACUGACUCAGUUUUGUCAGCAUGGCAAGUCUGUUCGCCGCUGUGGUCUUGCUGGCCGUGUUGUCCGGUGGGUUAUGUGGCGAGAAAGCCUUUCUGCAGAGAGCUGGCGUGGCCUUUAACAGCAGACCGUACAGCUCUGUGCUCACUGUGAACAACGGAGAGAGGUUUGGAAACUGGACCUGGCCAGAGAUGUGUCCUGACAAGUUCUUUGCUGUUGGCUUCAGUAUCAGGGUGGAGCCCUCUCAGUAUGCUGGAGAUGACACUGCCCUGAACGGGAUCCGCCUCAUCUGCGCCAGAGACGGGGACCGAAGCUUCCUGUACUCUGUUGAGUCCCACACUGGCUACUUCGGUGACUGGUCCCAGCCUCAGUACUGCCCCGGUGGCGUGCUCACCUCUUUCCAGAUUCGCGUGGAGCCACAUCAGGGUCUGUUUGGUGACGACACGGCCGUCAACAACAUUAAGUUCCGCUGCAGCAGUAACCCGACUCUGGAGGGUCCCGGCAUGGAGUGGGGAGAGUACGGCUACUGGAGCCAGGAGUGCCGUGAUGGGGGAAUCUGUGGCAUCGAGACCAAGAUGGAGGAAUACCAGUAUGGCCUGGAUGAUUCCAGCCUGAAUGAUGUGCUCUUUCAUUGCUGUGACAGGCCCCAGCAGUGAUCGACAGGUGAAAAGCUCGAUCUAGUCCUUCUCCGACACCCUGCAAUCAAAGAUGACAAAUAAUAAAGCGCACAUUUGAAUCGA